CACUUACUGUUUUCCUUGCACUGGUGUUUAUGUAACAGGGACGGGGACCAGUCCCGCUGUUCAGUUUAAUCAUUGAUCAGUGCAUAUGGAGGAAGGAAUCAGUGAGACCUCUAAGCCUAUUUUGUGUAAUUGAGAUUGGUCACGUAAACGUGACUCGCAAAGCCCGUACACAGUUUGUGUGAGCAGUCAGGUACCAGGUCAGGCCCAUUGUGCAACGAGCCAGGGCUGCGGCUGUGAUGUUUUCCCCUAUUGCCACCAUGCUUCACCAGCUAGCUGCAGCCGUAAACACAUCCUACGGCCUAUGCUUAAAGUAUACGAUGCAUGACAUCAUAAUAGUAGAGUGAGAGAUAUCACCUCACAUCUCAGUUCUGCAAGACGAAAACAUCCCUUGUUAUUGAGGACCAGCUGCCUUAACGUCAGUGUGUUGAGAUGCCUAACACCCAGUACUGCCCUGGCAACACCAGCCUGGUGCCCGUGUGGGUGGACCAUGGCCUGAGCCGCUGCUUCUUGGACACAGUUGUCUCUUCCGUUCUCCUCUUCAUCCUCCUGGUACCCGGGGGCAUCCAGAUCCUGCUUUUCCUGCGGCGGGCGGUGCUUGUGGAGCAGCGGUUCCUGGUGCGGCCGCUGUGGUUCCGUCUGCAGGUGGCCCUGUCAGUGGUGAUGGUGUUGCAAUAUGGCACCAGGCUUGCAGUGCUUGGAAUACUGGGCAAUGAGGACCAUAGAGUAGAUCUCUAUGGCUACAUGGAGCUCAGCGCCUGCUUCUGCAUGGCCUGCUAUCUUAUCUCAGUUGUCAUCCUGUCCAUGGAGCGAUCCCGGACCAUGCUGCGACGUCGUCAGUCCGGCCAUGGCUUCGUCCUCCUCCUCUUCUGGGCUCUGGCCUUCGUCAAUGAGAACCUCGCCUUUGUGUCUUGGGUGAGCCCCCACUGGUGGUGGGGCUUCGACAGCGAUGUCAAGCGGGCGGAGCUGGGGCUGUGGGUGGUGCGCUAUGUCUGCAUACUGCUCCUUUUUGCCAUUGGGCUCAGGGCACCGGGCUUGCCGCGGAAGAGCUACGCCUUGCUGAUAAAUGAGGAUAGGGACGAGGAACAAGAAGUUCCCCUGCUCAAUGCCGAAGCCUCAUCAGCUGGCCAGAAGUCCACCUGGGCCGAUGCAUGGACCAAGACCAAGAUGGUCUUCCCCUACGUCUGGCCCAAGGGCCAUUACCUACUGCAGCUGCGCAUCAUCGUUUGUAUCCUCAUUCUCGUGGCAGCGCGCAUCGUGAAUGUGUAUGUGCCAGUGUUGAAUGGAGAAAUCGUGAAUGCCUUGACGCCUCAAAAUAAGGGCGGUAAAGUGCAGUUCCCAUGGCAACUGAUUUCCAUUUAUGUCUCCUUGAAGUUUCUACAGGGGAGUGGUUCAGCUGGUAUUGGUCUCUUAAGCAACGCUCGCACCUUCAUUUGGAUCAAGGUAUCCCAGUACACCACUAAGAGCAUCAUGGUUCGCCUCUUUGGGCAUCUGCACAGCCUUUCCCUUAAAUGGCACCUAAACCGUAAGACCGGCGAGGUUCUCCGCAUGAUGGACAGAGGCACCACCAGCAUCAACAGUUUACUGAGUUACAUCAUCUUCCAGAUUUUUCCCACUAUUGUGGACAUCAUUGUUGCCAUUGUCUAUUUCGUCACCUCCUUCAAUGCCUGGUUUGGGCUGAUUGUCCUUGUUGCCAUGGUGCUGUACAUCAUUGCCACUGUGGUCAUCACAGAAUGGAGGACAAAGUUCAGACGGGAGAUGAAUCUGGGAGACAAUAAAAUGAAGCAGAAAGCUGUUGAUUCCUUGCUCAACUUUGAGACGGUCAAGUAUUAUGGAAAUGAGGACUUUGAGGUAGGUGUAUAUGAUGAAGCCAUCACAUCCUACCAACGCAGUGAAUGGAAGUCUAUCUCAAGCCUUGUUCUCCUGAACUCUGGCCAAAAUGUCAUCAUCUCAUUGGGCCUUGUUGUCGGAUCUUUGCUUUGUGCCUACUACGUCAGUGUGUCCAAACUCACGGUUGGUGACUACGUUCUAUUUGCUUCAUACAUAAUCCAGCUGUAUGGACCACUCAACUACUUUGGAACCUAUUACAGGAUGAUCCAGCAAGCAUUCAUUGACAUGGAAAACAUGAUUGAUCUCAUGAAGGAAAAGCAAGAUGUGGCAGACAUUCCUAAUGCCAAGGAUCUGGAGGUCAAGAGAGGAAUGGUGGAAUUUGACAACGUCAGUUUCUACUACAAUGAAGAAAAACCCAUUCUGAAGGGAGUAUCUUUCUCUGUGCAGUCUGGCCAAACGGUAGCUCUUGUGGGACCCUCUGGUGCUGGGAAGAGUACUAUCAUCCGUCUCUUAUUCCGUUUCUAUGACAUCCAUGAUGGCCAAAUCAGGAUUGAUGGUCAAGACAUUAAAACCGUGAGCCAGCAUUCCUUGCGAAAAGUCGUCGGUGUUGUGCCACAAGACACUGUGCUAUUCAAUAACGACAUCAGGUACAACAUCCGCUACGGGAAAGUAGGCAGCAGUGAGGAAGAGGUCACAGCAGCAGCAGAGGCAGCCGACAUCCAUGCCCGGAUCCUCUCUUUCCCCAGCCAAUACAAGACGGUGGUCGGAGAGAGAGGACUGAAGUUGAGCGGAGGGGAGAAGCAACGGGUGGCCAUUGCCAGGACUAUCCUGAAAGCUCCUGAGGUUGUGCUGCUUGAUGAGGCAACCUCUGCCCUGGACACAAAAACUGAGCGUAACAUCCAGUCCUCGCUGGCCAACGUCUGCGCUAACAGGACCACCAUCGUUGUUGCGCAUCGGCUGUCCACGAUCAUCGGUGCUGACCAGAUACUGGUUCUGCAAGAGGGGCAGAUCAUUGAACGAGGAAGGCAUGAGGACCUCUUGCAGCAGAACGGCGUGUAUGCCGACAUGUGGCUGCAGCAGCAACAGGCAGAAGAAGAUGAAAACAAAAGUGACAAUGAGGAGGACUCCUCGACAGGGUCAGGACCCGAGAAGCUGGACUGAGACGUCUAGUGGAGAGAAACAUCACCAGGUACCUAUGCAGGUGUAAAGUUUGAUCAUAAUUGGCACUGUGGCUUUACAUGAUGAGUGAAAGAUGCCGAGUUCCACAACCUGCAUGCACACAUGUUGCACAGGUGGCUGAGGUACUGCAGUCCUGCUGUAGAAUUUAAUGGUCUUUUUGUAUUUGUUUCGUUUGUCUGUUUCCCUUUUUUGUGCAGACCUGCUCCACUAAGUAAAACUUCCCAUGGGUAGGAAGUUUUUGCCUGAAACAUUCAUCGUAGGAAUUGAAAAAACAGGGAAGCUGUAAAUGACAUUUAAAAAGCAUCCAGUUUACACAGCUGUACGUGAAUUAAUGCCCCUCAGCAUCACACUGCAUGCAUGUCUUGUUGAGUAAUGAACAUAACAUAUGUAUAUAUAUGUAUGAGGUCGUUGUAAUUCUAAAUUUAAAGUCUGUCCUUUCAACCAUACCAAUGCUCGGUAUUUCAUCCACUGAACAGUUUUUUAGCCUUGAAUUUCUGACUGACAAAAAUCAUCAGAUCUAAUUAUACUGCAGCCAUACUGGCUGCCACGCAGGCACCAAAUCUUUCUAGAUUUAACUCCAGAGAUGUAGUUUAGUUUCCACAUCUAUCCUACCAGGCUCACAAAUAAGUGACAGUUCAAAACUAUGGAGGUGCUCGUCUUUGUCUGAUAUAUCUGCAUGUGUAUAUACGGCGUCUUCAGAAUGUGCAUUGUCCACUGUUAGUGCUGUUCAUUACAGCUUUCCGAUGACAAAAAAGGAAGCCAUGAACGUUGAAAUAUCUGACUUUGCUACAACCCUAAAUGAACAAGUUGCUUCAUACUGAAAGUCACAGUGAACAAAUUGCCAAUUUCGAGUCUUGUACAAAGUAAUUUUCAAGUGACUUCUCCACCGACAUCGUGGACUGUUGAAACUAGGUGCAGUAAUGUUUGCAUUGAUCUGUCCAAUCGAACAAAAAAAUUGGAAUAGUUUUUGGUUCAUGUCUUGUUUUUUGUUGGUACAGAUGCUUGACAAGCCAUGUUGAUGAUUAUUAAGUCUACUUUUGUGAAAAAACAUAAAUAAAAGGCUUUCUUUUUAACUCGAAGUUACCAGUGAAGUCUGUUGCCUUUUCAAAUGAUCAAGGAUUCUUAGAGGCAUCCAACUGCACACUUUAUAAUGGAAUUGAAGAAAAGUCAUAUACACCGAGUACAUGGAAGGCGCUGUUUAGCAGCACGUUUAAUUUCAUUCCUUGGUGUUGCCCGUGAGUGACAGAAUGUGUGCUUAUGGUUCUAGUGAGAACAAAAUUUGCUCAACUGCAGCUGUUUCAAAUUUACUUUUUAUCACAUGAUUUAAAAAAAAAAAUGUUCUCCUUCACGUAGGCGUGUCUGUGGCUUUGGGUGCCACUGAAGUUGUCCGUGGAAUCCACAACGAUUCCUGUACAUACAAAGAGAAUGACUUGUUUACUUUGAGAAAUAAAAAGUGUGUGGUAGGACUCAAAGAUAAAGAGGGCCAAAUGGGCCCUCCGCUGUAAUUACCCAGUGCACGUGUGUCUUGCUGGUUUAGGGAGGUGAAGCUUUAUUUGGACAAAUAUUAUAAAUGUUUCUUUGAUGUAUAGCAAACUGGAGUUGUUUACGCGAGGAAAUGUUUAGUCUAGGAUUUGCUUCAAAUGCAAGGACGUUUGACCUCAUUUUUGGUCAUAAAUGCAUUACUCAUUGAGAAAACAUGUCAUUUAUGACAAAUGGAUUGAGGAGAUAGUUUGAAAUAUUUUCAGUGUGAAUUAUGAGGAAUUUGAAUAUCGGGAGAAGACUUUAUAAUUUGACUUUUGUGGUUUCGAUAAAGUUUUGGCACAAACUUUGAAAAGUGUUGUGGAAAUGCAGUCAAAACAAGACUUUAAAAAGGACAUCUGCUUGUAAAAAGAAUUUCAUAGCUCUGCUCAAACUGGUUAAGGGAACUGGAUUUCUAGUGUCGGAAAUGGGUGGAGCAGAGUAAAGCAGAGUUUGUCGUGUUGUAUAACUCCGUUACAGUCACGCAAUUUUUAUUGACGAUUUUUUUAGUAUAUUGUAACGUAUACUUAGAACUGUUUGUCGACGGGGCUGCUGGGAAUGAUUUAAAAGGUGGUUUGUGGUAGGUCAGAAUCAAUAUUUGAAACAUUAACCGAUCAUUUUCCUUCACAUAUGUACUUCAUAUUGACGAAAACAGUUGUGAGCAGUACAGUGCAUAAUUGAAGUGUGACGCGUGCAGCGUGUGAAUUUAUUGUGCACUGGGCUAGCUUUCAAAAUUAUGUUCACGUACAUUGUAUGUUGCCUUCAACCGAGAGAUAAGUCGUGUAAAUGCUUACAAUGUGGAAUGUCCUUUAAGAGACUCCGUAACGUAACGAGAAUUCGGUCUAUGGGGGAUGGAGAACAAGCUUGCGUACGUUUUUCGAGGAAGGCGGUCGAAGCGUACGAUGAAUAACUGGAGCUCCGUAAUAUGUCAUUAUUUGUGCAGUAAACUUUUGAGUAACUGAGACGGAAUGAGUGCAUUAACGAAUGUCAUUAAAACAGAAGAAUCUGCUUGAAAGCAUGAAAUCAGUCGUAGAGUAUGCGUUUUAUUAGAUCUUGGUUUCGUUUAUGGAAGACAUAGUGACUUAAUGUGAGAAAAAAUGAUCCCCCCCCCAAGAAAAAAAUGGACGAAAGAUUUUCGUGCAUACAGUCAUUUAGAAUUGAAUGGACCUUUUUUAUAACACUUCAGAAGUGUGGUUUAGUAAUUAAUAGAUAUUAAGUUCAAAAGUAUAGUGUAUUUCACUGGUGAAUAAACUCGAUGCCCAAAUAA